UUGUUUGGAUUUCUUCUCCUGCUACACUGCAAGCUGUACGGAUUCAACAGUUUAAUUAAAAAAACGAUCCAAUAAAAAACGAUCCAAUAAAACUGCUAAUAUUAUAGCAUUAUUAUCUGAGGAAGGAUGGAUGAAUCUAAGAAACGCCUAGUGCAGCGUAUCAUUAGAAGGAUACCGGCUAAAAUGCUGAAAACAACGCUGGAGAAGUGGGGCCGUUUGAACGGGGAACAGCAGCGGGCCAUGGAUAGCAUUCAGUCAAAAUGGGCGUUAACGGAAAGCCUACUCGAUAUUUGCGAGGAAAACGAGUUGGCAGUUAAACACCUCGCAGAACUCGAGAUGAUUUAUAUGAUAAACAAUCCAGACCAAGGGAUGUGGUAUGCCUUCCAGCUUACCGACCCUGGAGAUGAGGCUCAAUCUGUAGAUCUGAUGCAGUUCAGGGAACAAUUUAAAUCUCACCUAAAAGAACUUGUGAGAGAAGUGUCCGUCAAAAUAAAAAAACACACAGAUGAAGCCGUUUGGAUUCGGAUUGCAUGGGGAGACGCCUACUCUCGCCCCGACCAUCUCAAACCAACAUAUGUUGUCCACUAUCUUCAAACACCAUAUGUCUUUGUGACCCGUUUGACUUCAAAGCAAAAGCCCAUGUUAUCCCAGGCCAUGGUUCUGUCCACCAGGUAUCAAUAUUUCAAGGAUGCCAACCUCAGUGGCCGGAAUCUCACUGCCAUUAGGGACCUGCUGAUGAGGAAAUAUCAACAGGUCUUCCCUACCAAGUAUCUCAGCCCUCUCACAGAAAGAAAACAAACAAACCCACACAUAGAAAGAGAACAAGCUAAGCCUGCAGCAAACAGACUUCAGAUGGCCUGUGAGGCCUUUGGUGGUGGGACGUUACCUCAGCUACAGUCUGCAGUUUACAAGCUGGAGACAAAGUUCAGAGACCACACCAACACACUCAUGACGGAGCGAGAGGAGCCCUUCAGAUGUGCUGUCAAAUUUUCCAGCAAAAACCUCCUGGAGUCACUCAAAAACUGCGCAUCUUCAGGAAUUGCAUCCACCCCAGUCACACCUCUGCUUUCAUCUAUACCCCUAAAAGGAAAGAAUUAUUUUGUCAUCACAGACAAUGGACCUGGUCCUUCCUCACAAAUGCGCCAAACACAGAACUGAUGGGCGACAGGGGCCGUUUCUCAAUGUCGAGUAUACCUGCUGCAGAGCCACUAGUUCAAGUAUACUAUGUCAUUGAGUGGCGCCGAAGGACUGUUUAAAUGCAUGUUUAAUGCCCAGCUCCAUCAUCGGCGCCACUCGAUGACGUAGUAUACUUGAAAUAGUGGCUCUGCAGCAGGUUUACUCGACAUUGAGAAACGGCCAGGAACUUGAUUUUUAAAGGAGUCAAAGCAUGGCGCCAUGUCUGGACAACCCAGGGUUUGCUUUUAUUGUUCUAUCCUCAAUCUCCUUGUUCAAGAGCCACUGCCCCUCCAAGAUCUGUAGCAAUUAAUGUACCUUUAUUACCCAGUUGCAAAUAUCUUAUUAGUUGACGAUCGAUAAUUGUCUUUUUUUUUUUUUGUGCAAGAAUGUUAUUUCUAGGAAAUAUAUGUCCCAAAUUGAAUAUAAUGCUGUAACAUUGUUUUGUGGAGUAUCGGCUUGUGAGAGUGAACUUUAGUAUUCACGCUCCUCAUAAUUUGGCGUUUAAAGUCAAUGUCACAGGGUUUAUUUAAGCUCCAUUGUCUCAGCACAAUGUUUUUAAAGGAUACGUUAAAACUUUUUUCAGGUUUGUCUUGAAACUGUACUUGCAUUCCCAUAUGUGCAUAGAUAAGUUACUGGAGUGUCCUGUGCAAGCUGGCCACAGAGAGAUUAUUCUCAUCACAACUACAGUGUGAUCAAAAUACCCAACGCUCAUAAGAUUUAGCCAUGUCAAUUGAGUAUUUUCCAAAUGUAAAGUCUAUGUUGUCAAUAGCCCCCCAUGUGUAACCCACAAGGACCCCUCCUUUUGUUAUACGGUAGAUCUGUGAUACCUCCCUUUAACAAUAAAAUGAAAACAGGCUGUUAUAAUAA